AUGCAUUCCCAUCUUCAUACCCCAUACAACAUCAACUGCGAGGAGAUCAUGACCGCUCUCGACGAAUGCCACGCCCGAGGAUUCAUCUACAAAGCCCUGGGCAACUGCAAUGAUAUCAAGCGCGAAGUGAACAAAUGCCUGUCUGUGGAACGGUACGACCGGGCGAAGAACAACCGCGAUAAUGCGCGCAAUAACCGCCGGCGCAUUGAGGAGAUCUGGGCUAAAGAGCGGGCCUUGGAUCAGCCUGCUCAGAAUGCCGGUGCAGAGAACUCGGGUGCUGCUAAGCAGUGA